UCAUCUUCUUAAUUGUCUUUUGCUUUUGUCCUAUAAAAAGACAUGACCGACCUCCUCUGCUUCAAAUUCAAAACCAGUUUCCUUGUACUCCACACUGUUUCAUCAGCCAUGAAAACUUGUUUGAUCUUCUUCUUCCUCUACUCAACUAUUCUGAAUAACUGUCUCUACUUCUCUGUUUCAUCAUCAACACCUCUUCUCCUCCAUCUCUCUCACUCUCUUUCAACCUCAAAACACUCUUCCUCUCCUAUCAACCUCCUCAAAUCAUCCUCCUCUCGUUCCUCCGCCCGCUUCCGCCGCCACCACCACAAACACCACCAAAAACAACAACUUCCUCUCCCCAUCUCCUCCGGAAGCGAUUACCUCAUCUCCCUCUCUGUCGGCUCCUCCUCCUCAUCACCCGUCUCUCUCUACUUAGACACCGGAAGUGACCUUGUCUGGUUCCCUUGUCGUCCUUUCACUUGCAUACUCUGUGAAUCCAAACCACUCCCUCCUUCUCCUCCUUCCCCUCUCUCUUCCUCCUCCAUCACCGUCCCCUGCUCCUCCCCUUCUUGCUCCGCCGCUCACUCUUCCCUUCCUUCCUCUGACCUCUGCGCUAUCUCCAACUGUCCUCUUGAUUUUAUCGAGACCGGUGAUUGUAACACUUCUUCUUACCCUUGUCCACCUUUCUACUACGCUUACGGUGACGGCUCUCUCGUUGCAAAACUCUACUCCGACUCACUCUCUCUCCCUUCCGUCUCCGUAGCCAACUUCACCUUCGGCUGCGCUCACACCACUCUUGCUGAACCUAUCGGUGUCGCUGGAUUCGGCCGUGGACGUCUCUCUCUUCCCGCUCAGCUCGCUGUUCACUCUCCUCACCUCGGUAACAGCUUCUCUUACUGUCUCGUCUCUCACUCGUUCGACUCGGAACGAGUCCGUCGUCCGAGUCCACUAAUUCUCGGCCGCUUCGUCGAGGGAAAAGGGAAACGUGUCGGAAGAACCAAUGAUGAUGAUGAGAGGAAGACGAAGAGCGAAUUCAUAUUCACUGAGUUGCUUGAAAACCCAAAGCAUCCUUACUUCUACUCUGUUUCACUCCAAGGAAUCUCAAUCGGAAAACGGAAUAUUCCUGCCCCGGCGAUGCUAAGACGAAUUGACAAAAACGGCGGAGGAGGAGUUGUCGUUGACUCAGGGACGACGUUCACGAUGCUUCCGGCGAAAUUCUACAGCGCGGUGGUGGAGGAAUUCGAUAGUCGGGUCGGGCGGGUUCACGAAAGGGCUGAUAUGAUCGAACCGAGUUCGGGUAUGAGUCCGUGCUACUAUUUGAACCAGACGGUUAAAGUUCCAUCUCUGGUUUUGCAUUUUACCGGGAACGGAUCCAGUGUUACGCUCCCUAGGAGAAAUUACUUUCACGAGUUUACGGACGGUGGAGAUGGCGGUAAUAAAGGAGAGAAGAAGAGGAGAAUCGGAUGCUUUAUGUUGAUGAACGGUGGAGAUGAAUCGGAGCUUAGUGGUGGAACCGGGGCUAUUUUGGGGAAUUAUCAGCAGCAAGGGUUCGAGGUGGUCUAUGAUCUGUUGAACAGAAGAGUUGGGUUCGCCAAAAGGAAGUGCGCAUCUUUAUGGGAUACGCUUAACCAGGGCUAACAUGCGUUGAAGCCUGUUCGAGUCAUGUUUAAGUAUAAAAUAGAAAAGUAGCCUUAAUAAGUCGAUGAAACUAUCUAUACUCGACAAGUACAUACACAUGUAAAAAUAAAAGGGUACGCAACGUUUGUCAAUAGAGUUUCCAAUAUUCAAAUCAUUCUUUUGUGUAUGUCAUAUAAUUAAAUAAAAAAGGGUUGUAUUUGUUUUUUUUU